UUCCUCCACACCCGUGAUGCGGGGCGUCUUUGCCUUUGUCGGGCUCCUGCUACUAAGCAUGGGGCGGACAAGAGUGGACCCAGAGCAGGCCCAGAAGGCUGUUGAUGCGGUACGCCGCGGUCAGAUGUCAGUCAGGGGUGCUGCCGAGGCCUACGGGUUAAGCAGGAACUCGCUGCACAGCCGUGUGACCAACAAGGUGGCCAUAGAUGCGAAGGUUGGUCCCGGGACUGUCCUGAGCAAGGAGGAGGAAGAUUUCGUAGAAGAUGUCUUGGUCUACGCUUCCCGACACUUUUUGCUGUUGUCGGAGGGAGCUGAAAGACGCUGUGCGGAAGAUCUGCCUCGACGGGCGCAAGGUGCCCUGGGACCCAGACAAGGGCCCGGGGGAUCGCUGGCUUCAGUGGUUCCUGAAGAGGCACCCGGAGUUGUCGGAGCAAGCCACCCACAUCUACGAAGCAAACCGGAUCGACGAAGAUGACGAGUCUCGCCUUGAAGCCUUCUACGAGAUCUGGGACUACGCGCACCUCGCGGAGACCAAGCUCACGCCGGACCGCAUCAACACGGACGAGACAAGAAGGACAAAGAAGAGAAGGAGGCAGCUGAGAAACCAAAGGCGGAACGCGCAGAGGCAAGGGCAGCGGGGGAGGCCAAUCGACCAAGUUGAGCAGGUCAUGGGCAAGGCGGCGGGCAGGGCGGCGGGCGGGGCGGCGGGAGAGCCGGAGGGCGAGGCGCAGGAAGGAGUGGGGGGCGAGGCGAGAGAAGGGGUGGAGGGCGGGGAG